AGCAUCUAGCAUUCUUCCUCUUUCUUCAUCGCCAAGAGUUUCAAGUAUUUUUUACGAACGAUUCCUUAUGUAACGAAAAAUCAGUGAAGUAAGACUAAAUAUCAGGAUGGGAAUGCAAAGAAACUUGUAAAAAAGUGGAAAAACAAGACGUGAAAGAUAAAAAAAAUGAUGAGCAAUUCUGAGAACAAAGAGACGCAUGGAGAAGGACGAGGAGCAGUGGAGGAUACAGCAGGAGUAUUCAGUGGAGGAUAUGGCGAAUGCUAACGAGUCUGGGACGAGAGAUACACGAGUAAAAUGAGCCUGGAAUGUACACUCGUGUAGCUGGAAUACAGGUACAUGUUACUACGACAACUGCAGGUAUCAAGAGAGCUGGUUGGUUCUCGGAGGCAAGGUGAAAGCGCAUAUUGCGCGUUCUGUUGGUUUCUCAGUCUCACUCUCAGUCACGGGCGAACCGGCACUAACGGCCCAACUUAUUUCAAGUUGUACUUGUCUCCCAGUGGUGUAACUAGUUAGUGACAGAUUGUACCUCAUCGUCAAGCACAAUCCCCAGUCCCUUUCCAUGGCACUCUUCAUUCCAGCCAAGACGAGAGACAAUCAGACCAGCGGAUAAAACAAGUUAUCGCAUAAUAGCGACAAUGAGGCAGAACCUGAAGACACUGUCGAGGAGACCAAAUACACAAGUGGCUGUGAGCCUUGGUACGGGAUCGGUUCUCCUUGUUGGAUCGUCUGAGUCUUCGGGUGGGACGAGGGACGGGGAAAUGUGGAGAGAUUGUAGUGCGAUGACAACGAGGAGCUCUGAAAAUAAUGGGAUCAGUCACCAGGAUGGACAGCCUACCAUCAACGCCACUCAGGGUCUUGUCCAGCUGAGAACAGUCGAUCGGGAUGAGGCCUCUGUGGAUACCCAGGAGACAUCCUGUUACGUUCUUGAAGGUCUCACCGAGAAUGAUUCUAAUGCGAUUAGAGUAGAGACAUGAACAAUUCAUUUGUUAUUUAAUCUCAUUUAUUCAUGUAACCGUGGAAUAUUAAUAAAAUAUUGCCAUAAA